AUGCGAUACCUGCGAUCAAGCGCAUUGACUGCGCGACUGAUCAAAGCCGGGUGUUUGCGUGAACCAGCGUGGAUGUCGGCGCUCCGGGGUCUGGAGGCUGUACGCGCACAGCCCGUGCUUGAUCCGGACGCUCGGGUUCCGAAGCCUGGAACCCGGACGCGUACGGCGAAUGACCACACUUCACGGGUAUCGCUGCUGCAACGACUGCGCCGCCGACUUGCGGAACGUCACCCCGAGUGGCUACUCCACGUUGUGGUUGACCUCAAUGCACCAACGAGAGCAGAGCGCGACGUGAUCGAAAAGUUUGUUCGUAUGCAGGCGGAGCUCAUUCAGAGGGAGCAGUUGUCCGAAGAGGAAGCUUAUGAACGCACGCUGGCCGUGCUACGCAGCGAACUACCGCGGACGUCGCAGCUGGCGGCGCUGGUUGAACAGCAGCAGACCGCGUCAAAGAGUGUCGGGUUGUCUCAGGUUAUGGUGGCCGCACCGUCGCUUUCCGUUGCUAGUCCCGAGCGCCCACUCCAGGAUCCAGAGGCCGUUUUUCUGGCAAGUCUCCAGGAUGCACAACGUGAUCGCUGGUUAUUCGAGCAGUUUAGUAGACGUUUAACGAGUUAG